AAGACCGCCAAGGAUGAAUCGUCGGUGCUACCUGAAGAUCUGUGAAGCAAAUGUUGUGAGCGGGGUGCUGAAGGAACACGAGGCCAAGUUUGCAGCGGCUGCGAUACUCAGUCACGCCAUAUGAAAAUUUACGACCUUCCUCCAGCAGCUGCGAGGGCUCUCAAGAAAGUAAUACAACAUGAUUGUGAUCGUUGCCCGAGAGGUUGUCGAAGUUUGUGGUCGCAUGCCAAGAAUGGUCUUCUAUUCCACAUCCCUAAAUUGUUUCUCCUUUCAGCAGUACUGACAAUGAUGUGACUCCGAAGGACUCGGACUCGGACGCAGGGCAGGUGUCGAGCCUCGCAGAAAUGUCUACGAAAAUGCUGGAAGUUUUCUUUCUGGUGCUUCUGUACCGACAGAUGAUUGUAAUCACCAUGUGCUCUCAAGGAGCUGCGUUGUUGCGCCACAUUUUUAGACACGGCUAGGAUGCCAGUUUUGACUCUCAUGAAGAUCAUACAACCACACGCUCGAGGGCCGCCAAUUUCCCCUCGCUGCCACCUUCAACAUCUGCCACGGUGCUGGAUAUGAGACGAGCAUAUUUGUGAGCAGAUGCUCAAGUUGAGUCGGACUCGAGAAUGUUAGAAGGGACGAGAGGAGCAGAAUACUGAUGAAUCUUCGAGGAUAGGUAAUUGUGGAAAUUUUUCUAAACUUCAUACAAGUUUUUCAAAUGCACCUCUGGAAUCCUAGACUAAAGAGAAAAGGUAGUUGUGAUUACUAGACCCUGUUCUGAGAACGUGCGUACUCUUCUGCCCGAUCACGAACUUCAAACGAUCAGCAUUUGAGCUGCUUUGGAGCCAUGACUGAGAAUUAGAAGGAAGAAGUUUUAUCGUCAUGGGAAUGCAGUGGAGUAUAGUGCACAUGCUCUCAGCGAGAACAGUCGGAGCUUCGUUCACUCGAAUGAACCGAUUUCUCGUUGGUCAGCGGAGCUUCAGCUUCUCUGAAGCACACAGCUUUUCUCAGCAACUUAUGCGCAUUCAAGUUUAGCUUAUCGUCAUACAAGAUUAGAGUAGCCCGCCGAUACUCAUGUGAAAACUUACUAUCUUGUUAUGUUGCAGUAAAAGAAUUGCUCUCUGUCUCUGC